UUUUAAACACUGAGAGGAAAGCGUUCACGGGGAGGGAGGAAUCGCUUUCUGUCCUGAAUCAGAGGACGGAGGGCGAACCUUCUGGCAGGAGGUGCAGGAGCCAGACCGCCGUUGAGCAAAUGGACCACCCGUCCCCUCCCCGGAAAGCGCCCACCCUCUGCUCCCUGCGCACCGGCCUGGCGCUCCUGCUGCACUUCUGCAACGUGGCCCUGCUGUCCCAGCGCGUGUGCCUCAGCCUCACGAUGGUCGCCAUGGUGAACCGCUCGGAGCCCCGCGGCGCGCCCAACGCCUCCCUGGCCGCGCCCCUGGAUAACGUAAAGAACCCCGUGUACAACUGGAGCCCCCAAACCCAGGGCAUCAUCCUGAGCGCCAUCAUGUACGGCAUGCCCCUCAUCCACAUCCCCAUGGGCUACCUGGCCGGUAUCUGUCCCGUGAAGAAGGUGGUAGGCUCAGCCUUGCUCCUCAGCUCCCUGCUCAGCCUGUGCACACCCCUGGCCGCAGAGGCGGGGGAGUCCUUGGUCAUCGCCUGCCGCUUCUUCCAGGGACUCAGCCAGGGUACAGUGCAGGUGGCUCAGCACAUGGUGUGGAUCAAGUGGGCUCCUCCACUGGAACGAAACCGACUUACCUCCGUGAGUCUAUCAGGAACCUUGCUGGGACCCUCCGUCGCCCUGCUGGUGACCGGAUUCGUCUCUCAGUCCCUGGGCUGGCCCAUGGUCUUCUACAUUUUUGGCGCUGGUGGCUGUGCCCUCAGCCUGCUCUGGUUCGUCCUGUUUUACGACGACCCGGAGGAGCACCCGUGCAUCAGCCUGCACGAGAAGGACCUCCUCCGGUCCUCCCUGGCCGAGCAGGUCAGCUCAGGCGGGAAGUCUGUGCCCGUCACGGCCAUGCUCACGUCUCUCCCAGUCUGGGCCAUUUCCCUCAGCGGCUUUGCGUUCUCCUGGACAAAUACCAUCGCUUUCCUGUACAUGCCGACGUUCAUCAGCUCCAAGCUCCACAUCGAGAUGAGAGAGAACGGACUGCUGUCGGCCCUCCCCCACCUGCUGUCCUGGGUCCUCAGCAUCCUGGCGGGGCACGCGGCAGACUUCUUCCUGGCCAGGAAGAUCCUCCGCCUGGUCACCAUCCGAAAACUCUUCACCACGCUCGGACUGCUGCCGCCCGCCCUCUUAGCCGUGAGCGUGCUGCACCCGAGCGUCAGCCCUCUCAGCUCCGUCGUCGGCCUGACGCUUGCGAGUGCCACCGCCGGCUUCUGCAUGGCCGGCUUGAUGAUCAACCCCCUGGAUAUCGCUCCCAGAUAUUAUGGGUUUCUUAAAGGAGUUACAGUUCUAAUCGCAAUGGUAGGAGGCCUAAUUUCUUCCACCCUGACCGGAAUAAUGCUUAACCAGGACCCCGACUCCUGGUUUAAAAUCUUCUUGCUGAUGGCAGCUAUUAACGUGACAAGCAUACUUUUCUACCUCAUAUUCGCUAAAGCAGACGUUCAGGACUGGGCUAAGGAAUGGCAAGGCACACGCCUCUGAAGGCCAGCGUUCAGUACACUGAUUCACACCAGUCAGAGCUCAUUAUUCACUCUUGACAAGCGUGGCCCCGCACCUCACACAGUCCGCCUGGA